AUGAUGGCCGGCAAGAGCCUUGCAUACUUUGCCGUCCCACCCUCCAAGGUGCUGACACCAGGCAAAGAAGACCUCAAGACUGUCGAGGUCACGCCCGUGGAUGAGAUGCCCAUCCUCAAGCUCGUGGCAGACGACGAGGGCGUUCAACACAAGGCUUUUAAUUAUGGCUGGGAAAAACUACACCUUCGCGGCUACUCGGAAUCGGAAACAUCGCAUCCUGCUUGGAACGCAUUUCGCAAGGCGAUUGCCGCGGCCUCGUUGGUGAUACCAGUGAUGAAGCUGUCACUGAUCUGCCGCCUAACAGGAAUGUAG